GAUACUUCCUUAUCAUUUACAGGCCACAACUUUCCCUGGAUGUCACACUCUGUGAAAAGUCAAGGAUCAGUUUGGUUCUCCAUCAGUUUUACUCAAGACUCCUAGGACUGAAGCCUUUACAUCUGCACCGUUUCUUCCUAAACACUUGGCAGAGUAUAUAAUGAGAUUACAAUGACUGCCUCCAUCAUUCUCAUACUUCUGUACUUUAUCCGCCCAUCGCUUCAGCUGGACUCGGACACAUUUUUAAUCUACAGUGAAGAGCACCAGAAGUGUAUAGAAGGUCAGAAUUCCAUCCUCUCAGUUGCUACAUGUAACGAAAAGAGCAACACCCAAAAAUUCAGGUGGAUUUCCGAACAUCAGCUUAUAAAUGUAGAAUCUACCCUAUGUCUGGCCGCUACAGCAAAGAAAGACAUGGCAUUAGUGACCUUAUACCAAUGUGAUGGUGCUAGUGAGUUCCAGAAAUGGGAAUGUCAGAAUGAUACGAUGUUUGGAAUCCAGGGAGAAAAUCUCCAUCUGGACUACGGUGACAAAAAAGUUAUUCUUUAUAAUGGGUCAGGAUAUUGGAGCCGAUGGAUAAUUUUUGGAACUUCGGAUGACCUUUGUGUUAAGACCUAUGAAGAAUUAUACACUCUAAAGGGAAAUUCUAAUGGUCAGCCCUGCGUGUUCCCCUUCAAAUAUAAUUCCCAGUGGUAUGUGGAUUGCACGCUUGCAGGAAGCCCCAUAAGAAGGCUCUGGUGCUCUACGACUGCAGAUUUUGACAAAGACAAGUUAUUUGGAUUCUGUCCAUCUAAAGGUAUUGCUAACAAUUGGAUGACAGAUUGGUGGACGACAGAUUCUGUUACCGGUGCCAAUUAUCAGAUUAUGGCGGAUUCGGCCAUUACUUGGUACCAGGCGCGGAGAAGCUGCCAGCAACAGGAUGCCGAGUUACUAAGUAUAACUGAGCUACAUGAGCAGACUUACAUCUCAGGAUUUACGAAUGGCCUCACAACAGCCUUAUGGGUUGGACUCAAUAGUCUGGACUACAAUGCAGGCUGGCGAUGGGACGAUGGAAGUCCUUUUCGAUAUCUGAACUGGGCUCCAGGAAAUCCAUCAAUUGAACCUGAGAAAAACUGUGUGGCACUAAACCCUGGGAAAAAUGUCAAGUGGGAAAGCAGGAAGUGCGGUCAGAAGUUGGGAUACAUUUGUAAGAAAGGCAACAGCACCCUGUCUUCCAUCCUUCCAUCAGGGACCAAUGAUCCCAUCUCCUGCCCACCCCUCUGGAUCCCCUAUUCUGGGUACUGUUAUUCUCUGCAUAAAGAGGCCAGGAUUUGGAAGGACGCAAUGUUAGCAUGCAGGAAGGAAGAAGGGGAUCUCGCAAGUUUGCACAAUAUUGGGGAAGCAAGCUUUGUUACCUCACAGUUUGAGUAUGAAAACAUAGAAUAUGUUUGGCUGGGAUUAAAUGACUUGAAGGUGCAGCUAUUUUUUGAAUGGAGUGAUGGGUCUCCAGUAACAUAUACAGUCUGGCAGAGAACAGAACCAUCUCACCUCAAUAACGAACAAGAGGAUUGUGUUGCAUUAUACACUAAGGAUGGACUUUGGGCAGAUCAGAUGUGUGAGAACAAAUUCCCCUAUAUGUGUAAGCGAAAGCCAUUGGCAAUUGCUCAUGACCAAGUUCCUGUAGACGAGGGGUGUGAUAAGGGCUGGAGAAGACAUGGCUACUACUGCUACUCUAUCAGUGAGUCAUCUACAACAUUUUCAGAAGCGAACAGCACGUGUAAUAAUAAGGCGGCCUUUCUGAUGACUGUUGACGACAGGUUUGAACAGACUUAUUUAACAAGCGUGAUUGGAAUUAGACCAGAGAAAUAUUUCUGGACAGGACUCUCCAAUAUAGAGGAAAAGGAAACUUUUCAAUGGACUAACAGUGAAAGGGUUUUGUACACACACUGGAACGCUGAUAUGCCGGGAAGAAAACAAGGCUGUGUUGUUAUGAGAACUGGAAACAAGGGCGGAUUGUGGGACGUUGUCAACUGUGAUGAGAAAGCGAAGUACGUCUGCAAGAAAUUGGCACUGGGAGUGACACCGCCUCCUGCCCCGACGACAAUGGCAGAACCAACAUGCCCGGAAGGAUGGACAACAUCCAACACUUUAAGUGCAUGUUACAAGCAUUACUAUACAGAAGAAGCAGAUAAGAAGAAGUCAUGGUAUGAAGCCAGGGAUUUUUGCCGAGCAAUAGGAGGUGACUUACUCAGUAUAAGCAGUGAGGAGGAAAAGCGAAUAGUACGGACAAUGCUAAUGCGCCCCGUUAUUUUCAGUCAGGCCUACUGGGUUGGCCUAGUGAGCAGUGAUCCUGAUGAAGGCUUUACGUGGUCAGAUGGUACACCUAUGGGCUAUCAGAACUGGGGAUAUGGAGAGCCAAACAACUACCAGGGGGUAGAGUUCUGUGGAGAGGUGAAGGUUUAUUUCGACUUGCCCUGGAAUGAUAAAAAUUGUGAAGUUCCUGCAAACUGGAUCUGUGAGCUGAAAAAAGGUGUCAAAUUAAAGGCAGAGCCUACAGAACCGACAAUACCUGAAUAUCAACACACAAGUGAUGGUUGGAUAAUUCAGGAUGAUACCCAGUACUAUGUCAGCAAGGAGGAGCUGACCAUGGAUAAAGCCCGAGAAUUUUGUAAGAGGAAUUUCGGGGACCUUACCACCAUCAGCAGUCUGACUGAAAGGAAAUUUCUCUGGAAAUAUGCAUUAAAGUAUAGGGAGAGUUUUGCAUUUUUCAUUGGUUUAAAAUUAGCACUGGACAAAGAAUUUAAGUGGAUGGACAAUUCUCCUAUGGACUUUGUUGAAUGGGCCAUAGACGAACCCAACUUUCUCAAUAACGACGAGAACUGUGUUGUGAUGUAUAGAGACUUGGGAUUUUGGAAUGAUAUCAACUGUGGAUAUCCAAAUGCAUUUAUCUGUGAAAGAAAAACCAGUUCCAUUAAUGUAACAUUUGCGCCAACUGCACCUGCACCGGAAGGCGGAUGCCCAGCAGACUGGCUUUCAUUUGGAAAACAGUGUUAUAGAAUAUUUGGAAAAGAAGAAGAUGAAGUGGUUGGAUGGACACAAGCAAGAGCUGCGUGUCAGUCAUUAAAAGGAAAUUUGGCCAGCAUACACGACAACCUGGUACAAGCUUUCCUGGUUGGUCACUUAAAAGAUUUUAAUGUUGAUGUCUGGAUUGGACUGAAUGAUAUCAAUGUAGAAAACAAGUUUCUUUGGACGGAUCAAAGUGGAGUUCUUUUUACAAACUGGGCCAAAGGUCAACCAUUCAAGAGAUUUCGUUUUAGAAAAUUUCCCGAAGGUCAUCCAAUCAGAGAUUCCAUAUUUGUUCGUGAAUCUGAUUAUGUCGAUACCGACUGUGUGGCUAUGAAAUGUGGUCCUGUUUUGGAUGCUGGUUCAUGGAUCGUAGAAGAAUGUAAACUGAAUAAAGGAUACAUAUGCCAGAAAUCUAAAGACCCCACGCUACAACCUGUCCCUACUACUGUUCCUCCAUCAAACAUUUAUCAACACGGUGACUCCAGCUACACCAUUGUUAAAACCAAGAUGAAGUGGGAUGAAGCACGGCGGUGGUGCAAGGACUCAGGCUCUGAGCUAAUCAGCAUCUUAGACGAGUACACUACGUCGUUUCUGAAGGUCCAUUUAAAUAAAGACAAGGAGCCUUUUUGGAUUGGCCUCAACAGUAACAUGACUGACAGCCAGUUCAGGUGGAUUGAUAAUUGGAAGCUUCGGUACACAAAAUGGGCUGCUGGGGAACCUAAGAAUCAAAGUGCCUGUGUCUAUAUGGAUGAGGACAGUGAGUGGAAGACAUCAGCUUGUGAUGAGAAUUAUGCUUCAAUUUGUAAAGAAUCCAAAGUUGUUGCUCCCACGGAACCACCACAAAAGCCUGGAAAAUGCCCAGAAUCAACAUCAGAGGCCUGGAUACCCUUCCGUGGCCAUUGCUAUCUUUUUGAAUCAUCUUCCACCAGAUACUGGGCUGAAGCAUCCGUGGAAUGUCUUAAGCUUGGAGGCAAUUUACUGUCAAUUGAAGAUUCGGUUGAGUCAGAUUUCAUACACCACCAUCUGGAGGCACUCCAGGACAAAGUGACCACAUUUUGGUUGGGACUUUAUAAGAAUUUAGAAGAAAAGUGGCUCUGGUUGGACAAUACGCCAUUGGACUUUGUGAACUGGAAAACCGGUGAACCAUCCGAGCAAGAGGAGGAACUGUGUGUGGAAGUACAUGCCACAGAAGGGACGUGGAACAACAUUUAUUGCUUGUCUUACAGGGGAUACGUAUGUAAAAAAUUAAAAACUCCCAUACCUACAGAGAAGCCGGUCGCGAAGCCAGAAGAAAAAAAGGCAGAUGCACCUUCACGUGGCAUGACAGGUGGCGUGGUCAUUCUUGUAAUACUUGUCAUUGCUGGAACCACCAUUGCAGUCUACUAUUUAUACAGGAGAAAACUGAACAAGCCUCCUACGGACAGCAGUUUCGACAACACGUUAUACUUUAAUAGCAGCCGUGUACCCCCGACACAGGAUACAAAUGUUCUAGUGGAACACAUUGAGCAAAAUGAACGUGCUAUUUCUUAAGGUGUGUACACACAGUGAGAUAUUUCUUUGCAAUUUUGACUAUAUAGUCAAAAUCGCAAAGAAAGUUAGUGCAGAUCGCAAGAUGAAAGUCACCUUGCGAUACCGAUGCGCGGUCCCGCGCGGUUGGUAACGCAUGCCUAGAUAGACUGUGCAGGCAAGUCAAUUUUGAGUAUCUCAUAGAAAAGAUAGUCAAAAUGGACACUUAGCCAAAAUCGGACAAAGCCAGUAUCGCAAGCACAGUCAGAAUCUCACCGUGUGUAUGCACCUUUAGUGUCAGUAAAAACUUUGCAUGAAGGUAAAAUAAUUCCUAGGUUGAUACAGCCUCAACGGGGUAUAUUUACUA